UAGAAAAUACAGGUUGUAAUAAUUUUUCAGUGCUGAUAUUUUGGCUGAAAAAAUGGGAGAUUUGAGAGUUAGUUUUUCGGAAAUAUAUCAUGAAAUUCGAGAAAAUGUUUCUUCUAUUAACGGUUCGAGGUAUGGAUUUUCGUUCCUGUCAUACAUAAAACGUUGGAUUCCUGAUAUACGGUUUUCGUGCAAUGACGAAUGCUCCAACAUGUACGACAUUGUGCUAAAUUAUUUAUGGGAAAUGAUAUAUAUCGAUGAAUGGAACAACGUCUGCUUGUCGUUAUGUGGUUUAUACGCCAAUUACGUUAGUCUUAAAUGUGUAAAUGAACUGAGAUAUCACAAUUCCAGAGACGGUCCUUUGAGUAUUUGGGAAUUGAAAAAUUUAAUGAAGCUGUGCGACUUGGGACUAAUAUUUGGCUGCCUACGGCGUGAAAGUGUGUUAGCUAAAUUGGCAACAGAUGUACAUCAACAUAUUUCCAUCUUCUACAACAUUUCGCCACAAAAUGAGGAACCACAAUAUAUGAGGAUCAGACCUACACAGAACAAAUGUGUUCAGAUAUUGGACAGCCCAACUGAGGGGUAUUUCAGGGAAACGGUAAUGAAAGAUGGAAAUCCAGUUAUAAUAAAGAGUUGCAUGCAAGACUGGCCUGCAAUGAGCACGCGCAAGUGGAGUUUAAGAUAUCUGAAGAAAGUAGCUGGUUGGAGAACAGUGCCCGUGCAGCUGAAUGAAACAUACACUCAUGAUCCAAGGAAGAAACAAUUCAUGUCCAUCAGCAAGUUCAUCGAUUGUUUCAUCAAUAAAGAAAAUAAUAAGAAAGGAUACAUAACUCAACACCCACUGUUUGAACAAGUUGAUAGACUCUGGCAGGAUAUACAGCUUCCAAUCUACUGCAAAUCUUGGGUGAAACCAAACUCAGACGUGAAAAUCUUGACUUGGUUCGGACCGGCUAAUUCAAGAUCGCCACUACGCAGGGAUGGGAUUGAUCUGCUCUUCUGUCAGGUAAUUGGCCAGAAGCGCUUGAAACUUUACAGCCCUGAAUUUUCAGAUAAAAUGCCACAAGAAAACGACUUUUCAAAGAAAAAAAAAGAACGAUUGAAACCUUAUGAGACAUGCCCGAACUUUGAUAAGAUUCCAUUCAAAACGGUACUGUUGGGCGAAGGUGACAUGUUGUACAUUCCAGCAAUGUACUGGUUCACGGAGGAGUCACUGACCACCAGCUUCUCCGUCACCUUCCAUCCAUCAGAUUAAUUACAUUUACGUUUGCUAACAAUAGUUUGUUAAGUUGUACACAAACAAGCAUUAAGGAAUAAGUUAUUAGUAAAAGAUCAUUUUAUUUUCUCAUUUUACCUCAUGAUUUAUUUUAUUACCUUGUAUGGCUUAACUGUUUGGUACAUUUUGAACUGAAGUUAUAGCAACAGUGAUAUUAAUACAGUAAACAUGUUUAGAGCAGGCUGAUGUUUUUUUAACAGUUGAGAUUGAUUGAUUAUUUUUUAUUGAAAUAGUAUCUUUUUAUGAAUUCUGAAUUAGGAAUUAUAUAAGCUGUCUUAUACAAAUUACAAACAUCUAUUAACCUAAUUAGCAUUUAAUUAUGAAAUAUUUUGAUUCAAUGACUGAUAUAAUGCUCCAUACUUAUAAACCAUUCUCAACUUGUUAAA